AUGCUUUUUAAGCAACUCGCUUUAAAUGUUGCUUUUUUAAGAGGUGCUGCUAGUGGUCCGAGCGGUCUAGCGAAUAGAACAAACCGUGAUCCGAUGACGCGGAACGCUUCGAGCAUAUUACCUUUUCCUUUUGCGCUUGCCGCUUUUAUUGCUCUCGUCGCUUUCGUUGCUUCCGUCGCUUUCGCAGCUUCCGUCGCUUUCGUCGCACUUAUUAUCGUCGCUUCUUUUGCGCUAAUCGUUACGCUUGCUGCUCUCGCGGCGGCGCCCGCCGUUGCUAUGACUCUUGCGGAGCGCCGAGCUAAAGUGAAGAGAUUGUUAAGAGUUUUAAUCGAUCUUUUAUUAUAA